GGCAGUGGUUUGGUUGGUUGCUGUUGUCAAAUUUAUUCGCUUUGUUUAUUCAUUUUGAGUUUAAAAUUUAUGUUACUGUAGGCCUAUAUUGAAAUCCAAUUUUGGAUUACAUAAAAACCACAAUAAUAUGUAAACAUGAAUCAUUAAAUACUGCAAUUUGUGUGAUAAAUUCAAAUAUAAAUGCCUGAAUAGUUUGUGAUGUUAGAAAACAAGACUAGGCGUUGAAAUAAUUUUGGAUCACAGUGUAACUUAGGCCUGUAUUUCGACCUAUUAAACUGUUUGAAGUGAACUUUGGCUGGUUAGUAACAGAGAUAAUGGACGGGGCUGCAACUUCUCAUAAGCCUCAACAGUGGCAAAAAGCCGAAACAGACAGUGGUGCUGUGUACUAUGUCGAUCAUUCUGCUAAAAAAACUGCUUGGGACCAUCCAAAGUUUAGAGUUGCAAUGGAGAUGAUAGAGGAAUGCAAUAACAUCAAGUACGCUGCCUAUCGCACUGCUGCCAAACUAAACAUUUUGCAAAAAACUUUAAGUCUGGACCAUGUACAGCUGACCACUAUAGCAGGAGUGUUUCAUCGCCACCACAUUCAAGUCACUGAGAACUGUCUCACCCUAGAAUAUUCUGAGCUGGAGGCCAUUCUAAACGACAUUUUCUUUGCCGCCUCAAAAGAGAGUCCAAGACACCACUUCCAAGUUGAUGUGUCUACUGAGCUGACACUCCACUUCUUGCUCAGUGUUUUUGACAGACAAGAGCGGCAUCGUGUGCAAGUCCUGAGUGCCAAGAUAGCACUAGUGUGCUUGUGCGCAGCCAAACUGCAAGACAAGUACCAAUAUCUGUUCUCUCAGCUGGCCGACCACAACAACUGUCUGCCACGUCGCAAGUUGCGCAACAUGUUGGACACAAUGGUGUCCAUCACAGACUACUUGUCAGAGUCAUUGGCGUUCUCAGCCGACCUCAUACCUGCCACUGUUGACUCCUGCUUCCAACAGUCUCAUGGUCCUCUGGGAAUCAGUGAAGAUGUGUUUAUGAACUGGCUAAUGAGGGAACCACAACUUCUAGUAUGGCUGUCUACUCUGUAUCGGCUAAAAGCUGCGGAAAAAGUGAGUCAUGGAGUAAGAUGUGGUGUGUGUCGCACGUAUCCUAUAGUAGGACUGAGGUACAGGUGUCUGAGGUGUCUAGGCUACGAUCAAUGUCAGUCAUGCUUCUUCCAUGGCAGGCUCAGCAAGAGACACAAACUCAAACACCCAAUGCAGGAGUAUUGUUGGGAGACAUCAACAGGCCAAGCGACAGUGGCUUUCUUCAAGGCUAUGGUUAACCGGCUGUGUGGAAAUACUUCACGUCUUCAGUACCUUCCUGUGCAACCAGUUAGCGGCAGCAACGAAUGCCUGGCCGGAGACAGCAGUGAGGAGAGUACCUUGGUGUCUUGCACAGACAGCUCCAGUCUCAGCUCGUCUGUGUCUCCUCGCCUCAAUCCUCAACAGGAGCUCAACAGUAUCAUCAGUCAGCUGGAGAGGCAGUCAAAGGAAUUGUUUGAUUCUACGCUUGGAGACGAUGUUUCAGCCAGACUUCACCAACACAAGUUGUUCUUGGAAACUCAAAUCCACAGAUUGAAACAGUUGCAGAGACAUGUAGGCAUAGCAAACAACAUGAAUAGUCUAGAGAGGAUGCAGAGCACGCCUCUGGUGGCGACGUCUGUCCGUCACGAGUUCACGGGUCUCAGUCCCAUCUACACAGAGCCGUGGAUAGCCCAGGGUCCCAACUACAUCAGCUGGGCUGGUGGGGAUCAGCUGACAGCUCCGUUAGCUGUGGACUCGCCCAUCACACCUCAGCAGACCAGCAGGUUUUCACAGUGGCUGGAAGGUACAUUCAGGCCAUCUAAGGCAACAACUCAGAAAGCAACCGAUGAAGAUCCCCCCAUCAAUGAUCUACAUUCUGAUCUUGAUAACAUUCUGGACAAACUUCAGGAGAUGCUGGCUUCUAAUUUUUCUCUGACAGAGAAUAAGAACAAAAUGAAUGCUCAGAAUGGAACACAUCACAAUCAGCCUUCUGAGGGGUUGAAUGCAUCAUGCACUUAAAGUGGAUAA